AUGGGGCUGUUAUCCUAUGGGGGCGCUUGGCCAAUCACACGCCACUAUACAUGGCAUCACGUGCUGAUUGCCAAGCCACAGCGCCACACCCCCAAUGCCGCUGCCUUCGUCUUUGAUCGACUUUCAAUUCCGCAAAUAGCUCUCAGCUCUCUGUUGAUUCUCUUUAGUAGUUGUGUACCAACCUUUCCACAUCUCUCAACUACCAUGGCUUUUUGUAUCACGUUUGGAACGCAUGAGUUCUCCUCUCAGCUCGAGGGCUAUGAGCACGUUCGCGCAUACUGUUACAACUGCCAACAUUGGAAUGGUCACUGCAUCACCCGAUGGCCUUUUUUCACCAUCUGCUUCAUUGUAAGUUCAUGCUCGCCUGAACAUCGUCUUGAGAAAGAGCUCAAGAUAUCUAACUUUUACUUCGCUACAGCCAUUGAUUCCCCUUGCUAUUCACAAGUACAAGGUAAGAGGUCCAAUGUUACACAUGCCGUUACACCCAAGACCUACGUGACCGGCCUGACAUCACGCCCGAUACACGGCCUCCGGCAGGUAUGCAAUAUGGCAUCCAGCCCCCUCCCGGGCAGGCCCCAGGAGGCUGGCAGCAACAACCUCCUCUGCAGCAGCCGCCUCAAGCACAGGGUGGACUUGGAUACAAAUGAGUUUUCAAAGAUGUUCGGAUACCACUAGCAUGAAGACGCAGCAAUUGUUGCCGGGGUGUGAGGCAGAAAGAGGGUUUAACAGGAGACGCAUGUUGCAGCUUAAUAUCGCGAAUUUGCCCUUUGGCGUUGGGUAACUUUGUAUUUUGUUUUUCUUUGCUUCAAAUCUCGAAAUUUUCAUUUGGUUAGCAUAGCAUGUUUUGUUCCUCACAAUGAAUAUACAUGGUUGUUACAGAA